GCAGGUCUGCUGCGGCUAAGAGACACUUUAACCCGGCUCGGUCUGAUCGACCGGCGGUAAACAGUCGAGGCAACAUGGCGUCCUCCGUGAAGAAGGCAGCCCACGACAUAGAAACGCGAAAGCGGACCGACGAUGUGCUCCUGUCGGAGGGCAUCGACUUCGGCGCCCUGCUGCUGUCUCCGGCCGUGCUGGACGGACUGUCCGCCUCGGGCUUCCAGAAGCCCUCCCCGAUCCAGCUCAAGGCCAUCCCGCUGGGCCGCUGCGGACUCGAUUUGAUUGUGCAGGCCAAGUCUGGUACGGGGAAGACGUGCGUGUUCGCCACCAUCGCCCUGGACUCUCUGGUCCUGGAGAAUCCUGCCACUCAGGUUCUUGUGUUGGCUCCAACACGUGAGAUAGCGGUGCAGAUCCACUCGGUAGUGAUGGCCAUAGGCUGUGCCAUGGAGGGUCUGCAGUGCCACGUUUUUAUCGGGGGCAGGGCCGUGAGUCAGGACAAACCCAAUCUGAAGAAGUGCCAUGUAGCUGUGGGCUCACCUGGUCGCAUCAAGCAGCUCAUCGAGUUGGGCAUGUUGUCCACCGCCAGCGUCCGGCUGUUUGUUCUGGAUGAGGCAGACAAGCUCCUGGAGGAAGGCAGCUUCCAGGAGCAGAUAAACUGGAUCUUCUCCUCUCUGCCCGUGAACAAACAGAUGCUUGCGCUCUCUGCCACCUACCCAGAAUCCCUUGCGCAGCACCUUACCCGCUACAUGAGAGAGCCCACAUUUGUUAGACUCAAUCCCAGUGACUUGGGCCUCAAAGGUCUGAAGCAGUAUUACAAGCUGGUGCAGUCACAUCCGUUAGCUCACAAGGUUUUCGAGGAGAAGGUGCAACAUUUACUUGAGCUGUUCAGUAAAAUCCCAUUCAACCAGGCUCUAGUGUUUUCCAACCUACACACAAGGGCUCAGCACCUGGCAGACAUCCUUUCCUCCAAAGGCUUACCUGCUGUUUGUAUCUCAGGCGGUCUGAGUCAGGACCAGAGACUCGAGGCGAUGUCUAAACUGAAGCAGUACCAGUGCAGGGUGCUCAUCUCCACUGACCUGACCUCCAGAGGUAUAGAUGCAGAGAAGGUCAACUUGGUGAUAAACCUGGACGUGCCGCAGGACUGGGAAACCUACAUGCACAGAAUCGGACGGGCGGGACGCUUCGGCACUCAGGGUCUGGCUGUGACCUACUGUUGCCAUGGCGAGGAGGAGAACAAGAUGAUGGCCAUUGCUCAAAAAUGCGGCUUGAAUUUGAACGCGUUGCCUUCCACCAUAGAGCCCGGGUUGAUGGACGAGCCGUGUGACUGGGAUGUCUGCACUGAAGCUUCCACUCCAGGCUCCUUAUCCAAGCUAGUCUCCAGGAAGGAGAAGAAGAGGCCUGCCAAGGCUCACAUACCUGCUGCUGCCGCUGUCUCAAUCACAUAUGAAGCUGUAGAGCAAAGUGGACCAACAAAGCGAGAGAAGACCCAUCCACCACCCAGGAGAGAAGCACACAGUGAAGGGAACACAAGAAAAGCAUCUUCCUCUCGUCCUGCUCAGGAGGUGCAGACUCGAAAACAGCUGCAAGAUGCUCUGCCGAAGAUCCCUCCCCUCAGCUCGUUCAAAAGUUGCAGGUCAAGGUUCAUGACCUUUGAGGAGGCUGAGCAGGACUUCUGGAGCUUCAUUACUACAGGGCUGGGGAGAUCGGUGGAGGUCAUCAGGGAGUUCAGAGGUCGAGGUGACGAUGACGCCGACGCCGCCACUGAUCAGAAUGUGCACAGAGAGUCCAUUAUGCUUCACGAUGACGGACCUCAAUCUUUAACACGAAAUAUAGAACACCGGAAAUCGAACUUUUCGCCUCCAAGAACAGCGUCUGGUUCUUCGAGCUCCGAGUCGGACGCGGAGGAGAACCAGCGGGACGACGAGACACUGAGAAGUUUUAAUCGCACCGGCGGAGGGGAACACAGAGAAGUGAAGCAGCCUCGGACUGAUGCUAGAAAUACACCGACUGCGCCCAAACCAAAAUCAAGUCCCAAAGAUAAUUCUUCUUCUUCUUCUUCUUCUGCACCCAAAAUGUAUCACCAGACGACCUAUGAAUCAAAUGCGAGGGCUUCAUCUCAGCCUGCGAGCUGUGAAUCUGUACGAAGUGUCAGAUCCAACUGGGACGCCAAUCAGGCCGCUUGGGCACAGACCGGCAGAGAUGCAGCGAGGAAGGGGAAAGAAGAGAUCGGGAAACGGAGCGAAAAGCUCUCAGAAAAGAUGAGUAGAGAGCGAAAGAGGGACGAAGGAGAACAAGAUGAUGAUGAUGAUGAUGAUGAGGAGGAAGAGGAGGAGGAGGAGGAUGAAGAGGAGUUGAGUGCUGAAAUGUACUGGAGCGCCUGCUACAGAGCCUGGAAUGAUUACUACGCCUGCAUGCCUCCUGCUCAAGCACAAGGUUAUCAGAGCUACUACGGCGCAGCUCAAAACUGGAUGGCAGCUUAUCGAAUGAAUGCCGUAUACAUGGAAGAACUGAUGAAAGAAUGACUCGUCUAUAUACAUAUAUGUUAUUCGUUUCUUGUACAGAAAUGUGCGCACCGAGACAGAGCCCAAUGACAGUCCGUGUGUUGAUCUCCUGCAGAAAAUCGAUCAGAUUUUCAGAUUUGUCUGUUGGUAGGAUUACACAAAAAGAAUACUGAACCGGAUUUCCAUCAAACUUCUUCCAUCAUAUCUGGGUGCAGCUGUGGAUUAAGUGGAUCCGGGAAUAUUAUUUUUUCCCCCACUUUCUUUACAACAUCGCAACAUUUUCUUCUAAAUUUCUACGAGGAGAACUGUGUAAAUUGGUCGGCCUUGGUUCAAGUUUGGUUGUGUCUUUUUCUCCACUUUCAUACCAUGUAUGUUUACUGUCUGUCACAAUUACUAUUAAAUGACCAGCACGUC